UGCAGAUACGACCUAGAAGAUCCAAAACGACCUACACAGAUACGACUUACAUGGUUUGACCUUGUUAUAAUAUGUUCACGAAGAACAAUCAUGGAUCCGAUGAUGGGAGUUUGAUGAUCCACGCUUCGUAUUCUUCGCAAUGCAAUUAGUAUCAAAUGAUAGUCGUAAGGAUGAAGAUCUUUCGGAGAGCCAACCAAUCUUAUCCGGGUCUGAGGAUUCUUCACCUUCUUCAUGCGAAAUUACGACUCUGAGAGGAGGAGGAGGAGGGGGAGAUUGCGUCGUUGACGUUGAUGAUCCGAGAGCAAGUGCUUUGGUUGAUGAAACUUGUCAGCUUGUGAUUAAUUCAGACCAUCCGCAAUGCAGGAUAUGCCUUGAUUCCGGAGGAGAAGACCUGAUUGCGCCGUGCCAUUGCAAAGGCACCCAGAAGUAUGUUCAUAGAUCAUGUCUUGAUAAUUGGAGGUCAACUAAGGAGGGCUUCGCUUUUGCUCACUGUACGGAGUGCAGGGCAGUGUUUAUAUUACGCGCUAAUGUCCCUUCUGAUCGGUGGUGGUUGAGACUGAAAUUUCAAUUCCUUGUUGCUAGGGACCAUGCAUUUAUUUUCAUAACUGUUCAGCUGGUUGUGGCAUUCUUGGGUGUGCUGGUUUACAAGUUCUAUGGGGAAGAAUUAAGGGAAAUGUUUGGUUAUGAAGAGCAUCCCUAUGGCUUUUACACGAUGGCUGUGUUGGCCAUAGUUUUGGUGGGAUUGCUUUAUGGUUUCUUCAUUGCCAUAAUAUGUGGACAAAGGAUCAAUGAACGUCAUUAUCAUGUUCUUGCCAAACAAGAACUGACUAAGGAAUAUGUGGUGGAAGAUAGAGAACAUAGUAAGAAUGUCAGUGAACUUGACCCCAGCCAUGUAACAGAGCUAAGAAUGUUGGGACUUUAUUAAAUCUGAAGUUUUGAAUUUGGCAUAUAUGGGGUUUUUGUUCAGGCAUUCACCCACUCUGUUGGAUCAAUAAGAGCACAUUUUCACUAAAUUCCUUUCAGAUUGCCAGAAGGUUUCUGAUUCAAAGCAGAGUAUUCCAGAAUAUUCUGUUUAUUAAAUUCACUGUUUUUCACUGAACGAUCGUCGGCACAUUCAUUCCAUGUAAGGUAGCUGGGUGUAAUUUUUGGGAAAAGAAAUAUAAGGUCCCAAAAAGCUCAUCAAAGUUCGAUGGGGUUUGGGUGUAAUUCAGUGUUGUGUGUUUUACAGUUACUUAUACGAAUGAAUUCUAUUUCUCAUUGUAUGUUAUAUGAGCACGUCCUUGCAAAUGGGAUUAUGCUUUUGUACAAAUGAUAUAACAUGGGAUUCUGUUUUGCUAUUCAGAUGUACUGGCUUGCAUUGCUA